UCCACCUAAACAAAAACCUUUUCGAUGUUUCACCAAAAAAAUUAGUGUGUUUGAUGCUGGGCUAAUCCCUAAUAAGAUUUGGUCCUCCUUUUAAUUGUGGGUCUUGCUUAAAUCUUGGGUAGCAGGAUGCUGCGCUGUAGAUCAAUGAGUGAGCCGUGUCAAUGUGUUCAAUAUCGUUAUGGAAUGCCGAUGUCAUACCAAGAACAAUGCAUGCCUGCAGUAAAAUAUCGCAACUUCGGUUAUUUUCCGCAGAAGACAAGCCUGUCGUAUAAUUCAAGAGCACAGGCUGGGAGCUGUCCACGACCUUGCUGCCCAAAUAGAUCAGAUCCUCAGGAAGUUAUUCAGGAUUUUGCCGCAAAAAAUUCUCAGCAACUUCCCCAGGAAUCUCCUCGAAAUUGUAAUUUUCAGCCUUCUCGAAACUACAACUUUGGGCAGCAAAGUCCUAGGCAAGUUCCCCAGGAAGCGCGUCAGCAAUUUUCCCAGCAGUCUCCUCCACAAUGUUUCCAGCAGUCUCCACCACAAUUUUUCCAGCAAUCUCCUCAACAAUUUUCCCAGCAGUCUCCUCAACAAGCGCGACAGCAAUUUCCCCAGGAAUCUUGCCAGCCAUUUCCACAGGGAUCUUCACGAAAGUGUUACUUCCAGUUAACUUCUCAAAACUGUGGCCAGCAAUCUCCUCAAAACUGUGGCCAGCAAUCUCAAAACUGUUUCCAGCCAAAUCCCCAAAACUGUUUUCAGAAUAAUUUCGAAGACGACAGGGGCAGGAAUUUCCCGCAAAGGUGCUCCUGUUCUAUAACCCAUGAAAUGGGCGUUCAAACGGAUGAGAUGGAUUGUGAGGUCAAGAAGGACCAGACGCCAAAGCCUGAGGAACCUAAAAAGACCGAGGAGAUCCCCGAGGAAUCCAAGGAUCUGGUGGAACCCGACAUAAUCGAGGUUACCGAGUUUACGACGAAGGAGAUGGAGGUGAACCAUCGCACUGGUGAAAAGGAAAUUAUACUCAGUGAGGUCCAAUCCGUCACCCAUUUCCCAAUUGAUGGCACGAAGGCCUUCACCGAGACUCAGACGCGGAGUAAGAUCACACAGGUGUCGGGAUCGGGAACAAACCUUAGGCAGGAAACCCAGAGCAAGAAGACCGUUCGAGCGAAAACCAAAAAGGAAGCUGUCAUUCCUCACCGCGUCCUGCGCGAGUCAGAGUUGGAGCCAAUAAUGGAGUCUUUAAAGGAGCAAUCCGGUAACAGAUCAGCCAGUUCCGUGGCAGAGGAGCUGGUCUACCAGGAAUAUGAAGCAUUUGAGAGUGACUUUAAGAAUCCCAAUGAACCGCAACUAACAUCUUACCACUCUCCCAUUUCCCAGUCACCAGUGGAACAUAUGAGCCGCUCGGAAUCCGGAAAGGAUAUGUCUUUGGAAGACCGGACCAGCCACAGUAACAAUUCCGUUGAACAGGACGAUGAGAAAAGCAAGCCUUUUGUCCUGUUAAAUAGUACCAAUUCGGAGGUUAAAUUGGUAGAGAAACCCACAGUGAUAAAAGGAAAAAGAAGAAAAAAAUCCUCCGAACUUAGCAAUGUGAGCACCGUACAUGUGAGGGUAACUAAUAGAAAGGAGGCUUCUGUGAUGCGCCCAAAUGCCAGCAGAGACUCGCAGAGAAAUUUGACAUCGGUAUUUCAGAGCAGAGUUGAGCAGAUGAUUGUAAAGAAACGAAAGGAGAAGAAACCAGAAGUGAAGAAACCAGAGGAGAAGAAACCAGAAGAAAAGAAACCAGAAGAGAAGACGCCAGAAGAGAAGAAACCGGAGCCAAAGGAACCAGAGAAAAGGAUACCAGAGCAAAGGAAACCCGAGGAGAAACCAAAGAAAAAGAAACCACAGGAAAAGAAACCGAAGCGCAAGCUUUUCCAGCAAACGGAAAUGAAGCAUGGCUAUCCCUCUGAUGACUUGGUCUGCAGAUAUGCGAAUCCUCCGAAGUGUCGACCCAACACCAGCUUCUUCAGAUGCCCCCGUCCACCGUCCUCCUGCUGCAGACAAUGCCCCUCCUCGCCCCCCAAACCCAUACAAUACGAUCCCAUCUACGGUUUUGGCAGCAAGGUCAUAGCUUACUAUCGCUGUUAGAACAGAAAAUAUCCAUAGUUAACAAAAAAUCAUCAACAAAUCA